AUGGCCAACGAGAGCGAGAGCCUCAGUGAUUUUGCAGUCGGACAGUCCGACUUGAUCGCCGAGAAGGCGGUUCUUCGGAAGAUCGACCGCGUUGUGCUCCCAUUGAUGUGUCUUGUAUACUUCUUUCAGUAUCUUGACAAGCAGGCCGUCGGCUACGCCGCGGUCUUUGACCUGGCAAAGGACCUCCAGAUGAGCAGCGACGAGUAUUCCUGGGCCGUGAGCAUCUUCUACCUCGGACAACUGACCUCUGAGUAUCUUUUUAUCUACCUCAUGAGCCGUUUCCCCAUUUCACGAAUGGUUGGAUACAUGAUCAUUAUAUGGGGUAUUGUUGCUGGUUGUCUCGCAGCGCCAAAGGAUUUUGCUGGCUUCGCUGCCGUUCGCUUCAUACUUGGAGCCUGCGAAGGAGCGGUUUCUCCAGCGUUCGUUAUGAUCACAGCGCAAUGGUACAAGAAGUCGGAACACCCCAUCAGAAUAGCGGCAUGGGUAAGCUGCAACGGCGGCGCAUCUAUUGUUGGGGCGCUGAUCAUGUACGGCGUCGGACUCGCAGACAAUGUCGCUAUUGCCAACUGGAGGGUCAUGUUUCUCAUCUGCGGAGGUGCCACCGCCCUUUGUGGAAUGCUCUUUGUGCUUUUCAUGCCCCAGGGGCCUGAGACUGCGUGGUUUCUUACCGAAACCGAGAGGAAAAUUGCCUGUCAGCGCCUUUUGGAUGACGGCGGUGUUGCCACGGAGGACAAGCCCAAGUUUCAAAAGUCGCAGGUCCUGGAGGCUCUGACAGACCCAUUCUGCUGGGCUGCCGUUCUCAUCGGCUUCUUGGGCACAUUUGCAUCCCCUGUCCUCAAGUUUGCUUCUCUCGUCAUCAGCGGCUUCGGAUGGUCUCCUUUCAACACGAUGCUUGUCGGACUACCCUCAGGUUUCCUGCAGAUCCUCUUCAUCUGGGUUACUGUUUUGGGAAUUCGUGUCACCAAAAUCCCUCGGUGCUACUGGGGAGUUGCUCUCACCGUGCUCCCCCUUAUCGGCAACAUAGGCAUCUAUCUUAUUCCAGCAAGCAACAAGUGGGGAGUUGUGGCCUUCACCUGGCUCGCUACUGUCAUCUCCCCAGUCUUGGUGGUUAGUCUGAGCCUGAUGGCUUCCAACAUAAAGGGAACCACAAAGAAGUCGGCUGUUAGCAAUUCUUACUUCAUCGCGUAUGGCGCUGCUGCUGUCGCCGCACCCCAGCUUUGGCAAACAGCCGACGCCCCCCGAUAUAGGAAAGGUCUCACGGCAGAUGUGAUUUGUCUCUCCUGCAUUAUUGUUGUUUUCCUAGUCUACCGGAUUCUUGUACUCAGGGAGAACAAGCGCCGUGAUGAGCUGGAGGAAAGUGGUGCCAACAGUGGAUCUGAGACUGAUGGGACCGCAGACCAGACGGACAGGCAGGAUAGAGCACUUCGGUAUGUUGGGUGA